AUAGAAUCCAAAAGUGGUAAGUAUUUUUAUGUUGUGGAAGUCUCUUCCUCUAAAAGCACCAGCUAGCACAAUUCUCGUUCCUUCUGGUAUAACUCAGCUUCAAAAAAAUGGUGUUACCCAAGUUCUCUCCGCUCUUCUGGAUUCUUUUUUCUUCGUAUGUUAUUUUCUUGAUGAAUUAUCCAGUUAAAUGUGAUGAUGAUGAGAAAGAUAAUCUUUAUCAGGGUAUCAACAAGUAUCGAGCGUCAUUAAACUUGAAAUCUCUUACAAAAAAUAAAAAUGCAGAUUGCCUUGCUGAUAAAAUAGCUGACCAAUUCAAGAAUCAACCAUGUACAAAUACCACAGGUGCUAAUACAGUACCAGGUACUGAACCUCAAUUCUCCAACUACCCAAACCUUUUAGCUAAAUGUCAAUUGGCUAUUUCUGAUACAAGGGAUGGAGCUGUUAUGCCUGCCUGUGUUCCUGGCCUAGCUUCAGGCCUCGUCCUCGCUAACUUCACGAAAUCUCUCUACUCACAGAAUCUCAACGACACACAGUAUACAGGAAUUGGUAUUGGCUCAGAAGAUAACUGGAUUGUCGUUGUCUUGACCACUGACACUCCAACAGGAAACUUUGCCCCCUAUAGUUCUAAUUCUGCCAAUUUGAUUUCCAAAGUUGGAAUGAUUUAUUGCUCAAUUCUCUUGUUAGCUGGCAAAAUUUUCCUGUUAUGAUACCUAGAGGAUGGCUAUUGACAGUGCUUCAUUGAUGCAAUUUUGUUACCAGUCAGAAACCGAAUGCUACCAUACAAAGGUUUUACUUGAAUGUUAAAAUGGAAAUAAUAAAGAUAUUAUUUUUUUCUAGUAGAAAAUUGAGAGAUCCUUGUGUUACUAUUGUUUGAUAACGUAAUUGUCUACUGAAUGUAAAGUAAGAAAAACAGGAGGGUUGUUAUUGUUGU